AUGAGCAAAGCCAGCAUUGUAGGCAUCGGGGUGGAUUUGCUCUCCUUUGCGCGCCUUCAAAAGCUCGCAAGCAGAAGUCGCGUGCCAGACGAGAAUGCAUGGCACAGGAGUGACAGGCUCGCUAGUAGGAUCCUCAGCACAGAGGAGUACGAAGAUUGGCGCUGCCUUUUUUUGGCCGACCUGGGCGCGCCCACGAGUCUCAGCAGCACAGAAAAGCCCCUGCGUUGGCUCGGCCUGCGGUGAGUGGGCCAUCUUGUGCUCGUUCAACCCAAAAGGCUGACCGUCAGAUCUCUGAUCUGGCGCGCCUCCCGUAAGUUGGGCAGCCAAAGAAGCAGCGUACAAGGCUACUUUUCCCAUAGCGGUGGCCUCGUUGCGCUGGAAGCACUUCAGCGUUAGCCAGUCUGAAAAAGGGAGCGGAAGGCCAACCAUCUCUUUGAGCCAUCUUGGCCGCGAUCAAGCGACAAAGUUCCCACUGUUCAGCAUUGAUCACUCUGCGCUUGAGUGGCAUCUCUCCGUCUCGCACGAUGCAGGUCUCAUCAUCGCCACGGUGCUCCUCGAGCGCGCGUCACAUCAACAACAUGGAUGA